AUGCUCUGCAAGCUAUUACUUUUUGCGCUUCUAGUAUCCGUGUACGGGGACAAAAAGCGGCCCAUUGUUAGCCCAGCAGUGGAAAGUGGUCUCAUAUCAGGUGGCGAGGCUGGUCCCGGUCUCAGUAAUGUAGCGGAAUCCCAAGUCUCGUUGGGGCUCGGUGCCCGACUACCACCAAUGGCUCCUCUUUAUCCCGGACCAGCGAGCAACGGUCAUCACGGACGACCGUAUGUUUAUGAGUGCUUCAAAAAAUUGCAACAAUGCGAAAGUGUUGAGGCUAACCUGAAUACGCUGUGCCUUGUUGAUAGCUGGGUAGAAAUCAACCAGGCUUGUAACGGUGAUGACGCAAUGGCGAGGACGAAGUACGCAGAAUGCAUAUGUAGACUGCGUUAA